CUCAAUGUCGGAACGUUCCGAAGAUGACGUCGGAGCGUUCUCGAAUCCCGUGUCUCUCGGCUGCUGCUGCCGAAGGAACAGGGAAAAAGCAACAAGAAGGAAGAGCAAUGGCGACACUGGAUCGCAAAGUGCCCAGUCCGGAGGCGUUUCUGGGCAAACCCUGGUCCUCCUGGAUCGACGCCGCCAAAAUACACUGCUCCGACAAUGUAGAUUUAGAAGAGGCUGGAAAAGAGGGUGGAAAAAGCAGGGAGGUUAUGAGGCUUAAUAAAGAAGAUAUGCACUUAUUUGGCCAUUAUCCAGCACAUGACGACUUCUAUCUCGUAGUGUGCAGUGCCUGUAAUCAGGUCGUCAAGCCACAGGUUUUCCAGUCGCACUGCGAGAGAAGACACGGUUCAAUGUGCAGACCUUCUCCCUCGCCAGCGUCUCCACCCUCCAAUUCCAGGACAGCACUAGUACAGGUGAAAACAAAAGCCUGUCUCAGCGGCCAUAACUCUGCCAGCAGCACCUCAAAGCCAUUCAAAACGCCCAAAGACAAUCUACUUACCUCCAGCAGCAAACAGCACACAGUCUUUUCUGCAAAAGGAUCAAGGGACAAACCAUGUGUUCCGGUUCCUGUAGUCAGUUUAGAGAAAAUUCCUAACCUAGUGAAGGCAGAUGGUGCCAAUGUCAAAAUGAACUCUACAACCACUGCUGCGGUCACCGCCUGUUCCACCUCGUCCUCGGCUGUCUCCACCCCACCCUUGAUUAAGCCGGUCUUGAUGUCCAAGUCAGUGCCACCUUCCCCAGAGAAGAUCUUAAAUGGCAAAGGAAUUUUGUCCUCCACACUAGACAAGAAACACCAAAACGGCACCAAAAACAACAACAAGCCUUACAGGAGACUUUCAGAGAGAGAAUUUGACCCAAAUAAACACUGUGGAGUAUUGGAUCCCGAGACAAAGAAACCUUGCACAAGAUCCCUCACCUGCAAGACACAUUCGCUGAGCCAUCGAAGGGCAGUCCCGGGUAGGAAAAAGCAAUUUGACCUCCUCCUGGCGGAACACAAAGCCAAGUCCCGGGAAAAAGAAGUUAAAGAUAAAGAGCAUCUCCUGACUUCGGCAAGGGAAGUACUUCCGAACCAGUCGGGGUUGGUGCAGGACUCUCUGCCAGGAUCUUCAGGGAGCUCUGGGCUGGAACCUAAAGUCGCAUCCCCUGCAAAAUCCAGGCCACCUAACUCAGUGCUUCCUAGACCAUCCUCUGCAAAUAGUAUAAGCAGCAGCACAUCUUCAAAUAACAGUGGCUGCACUCCCGAACCCCCUCUGCCCCCAGCUGGAGGUGAUCUCGCCAGCCGACUGUCGAGUGAUGAAGGGGAGAUGGACGGAGCCGACGAAUCCGAGAAGUUAGACUGUCAGUUUUCCACCCACCACCCCAAACCUCUUGCGUUUUGCUCAUUUGGGAGUCGCCUCAUGGGACGAGGGUACUAUGUGUUUGAUAGAAGAUGGGAUCGUUUUCGAUUAGCACUAAACUCCAUGGUAGAAAAACACUUGAAUUCGCAGAUGUGGAAGCACAGAAACCCGAGUCACAGGGCAUCAGGUCCCUCCCCCCUUUUCAGGACUUGCCUAACCAAUCUGCUGUCACUGAGCAACAUUGGGGCUGCCUGGGUGUCAACUCUGGAGAGCGUAGCACCCCGCUGCCCUCUCAACCUCGCUGCCCAAACCCCAGGCCCCGACGGGCCCGAACCUGGAGGGAUGGCAGCCGAUGGGGGCGUGGAAGACAUUAGGAAGAAAAGGAACGGCCAAGACUCUUUUUUCUUUAACAAGCAUUUAACUCUGCAUCAGGAGACGCCAACACAGUAUUCUCUUUCAGCCAGGAAGAUCCCUCCUGCGGCAGAUAGCCCCAUGCCCUCGCCAGCAGCCCACAUCACCACCCCUGUUCCAGCAUCCGUUUUACAGCCUUUCAGCAACCCCAGUGCUGUGUAUCUUCCUUCAGCUCCCAUCAGCUCGAGACUCACCUCUUCUUACAUAAUGACAUCAGCCAUGCUCUCAAAUGCAGCUUUUGUGGCAUCGCCGGACCCAAGUGCCCUCAUGUCACACACCACAGCUUUCCCUCAUGUGGCUGCAACCCUCAGCAUCAUGGACUCAACCUUCAAGGCCCCAUCCGCUGUGUCCCCGAUACCAGCUGUCAUCCCUUCCCCAUCCCACAAGCCAUCCAAAACCAAAACCAGCAAAUCCUCAAAAGUCAAAGACCUGUCAGCCCGUAGCGACGAGUCUCCAAGUAACAAAAAAAGGAAGUCGCAGUCCUCGACUUCCUCCUCCUCAUUCUCCUUCCAGACAUCCCUAUCGUCUCCAUUAUCAGGACCCCACAAAAAGAACUGUGUUUUGAAUGCCAGUUCAGCUUUGAACUCCUAUCAGGCGGGCCCUCCCUAUAACAGUCUGUCUGUGCACAACUCAAACAAUGGGGUGAGCCCACUCAGUGCCAAACUGGAGCCCUCAGGACGGACCUCGCUGCCCGGCGGCCCCGCGGACAUAGGGAGACACGUGGGCUCGGUGGGCAGCAGCAGUGACUCCUGUCCCCUCUCGGUGCCCUCACUUGCAGGGGACCUCUCUCUGGCCUCACACAAUGCCGUGUCUUCUCUGCCCCUCUCUUUUGACAAAUCAGAAGGAAAAAAGCGUAAGAACUCGAGUUCUAGUAGCAAAGCCUGUAAAAUCACUAAAAUGCCUGGUAUGAACAGCGUUCACAAAAAGAACCCGCCCAGCCUUCUCGCACCGGUGCCCGAUCCUGUAAACAGCGCCUCCUCUCGGCAGGUUGGGAAAAAUAGCAGCCUAGCUUUGUCACAGUCCAGUCCUUCAACUAUAUCCAGCCCAGGACACAGCCGACAGAAGACCACAAACAGAAUGGGCAGGAUAAGGACUCUUCCAUAACAAGACUGUGAAGCCACUUCCAAACCAAUUCCUGGCCACCGGCUCCCACCCCAGGAGGCCACGGGGAACUGGGGAAGGAGAGAGGGAAGUGGGCAGUGGGGGAGUCCAUUUCCUGGGCCCUGACUGUGGCUCUGGCCUUUCUUCCUCUUUUUUUAAUGACCAAUUUUUAGUUUUGGAGAAAAAGAAAAAGGCAAAAGAACGUGAAUUUGAGAUUUACAGAAAACAAUACCAGUGUUUUGUUUCCGUUGUCUUUCGUUUGCCACAUGUACGCAUUCUUCCAAGAGUGGGGUCACUCCUCCAGCCUCUGAUUCCACUACUGACACCAUCAUUUUGCUCCAGCCAUGAGAGCAGAUAGUGCAGGGUUUUAGUUCCUGGUGGGCAUCAUCGGAAACCUUUGAACUUUAGCACCUACAGUGCUCCUUUCCUUGUCCUCUCCUACCCAUCCUUCCCAUCCCCUCCUACCUACCACUCACUGGGUCCCCAAGCUCCCCUCUGGACAGUGUGCUGGGGGAGGGGCUUGCUGGGGAGCUGAGGGCAGAGGCAGGAGGCUGAGCCAAGGGCACUUGUCAGGUUUCUGUGAUGCACCAGCACAGCGGGAACCAGAUGCUAUGGGUGAAAUUGAGAAGAUCCACCUUUUAAUGGUGUAGUUGCCACAAUACCACUGUCCUGUUGUGCAUCUCAGAAAAAAUAUACUGGGUCAGGUCUGGAAUGGGCCUGGGAGAUGGCAGGAAGCAGAGCACAGGUAUAGGGGAAGAUCCUUCAAAAGAUGCAGGUGACUGUGGUCUCUGAGCUUGUUAGGAAUCCAUGCUGUAAAUUACCUUCCUGGGCACUGUGUACAAGGGCCCAAAGCUAGGCAAGCCAGAAAGGGAAGCAUUCCAGGGGAAAAGGCACGUGACCCUAGGAAGCUACUCAGAGGCAUAAUGUCCACAGCUGUGGAAGUUCUCAAACUGCCCUCAAGGGCUAGUAGGCAAGGGAACAGGUAGGACAGGAAGGAAGGAUCUGGGGGGAAAGCUUCUACGGAGGGUUAAGUAUCAAAGCCCUGAUGAGGAUAAAUACUGGCAUGGCCCCACUACCUCCACAGGGCCCUGUGAGUCAGCAUGCCCUUAGAUUAGCAUGUGUGGGUUAUCAGAGGCCCCAACUCAGACAGAACCACUCCAAGGCGUAGGAAGGCAUAGCCACCACCUAGUGAAGAAGAGCCAUUGGGAAGAGAGAGGCUGGAGCCCUGCAGCUAUGAAACCGUUCACACUGGAGUUUUGAAAGAACAGCAAUGCCAUAAGCUCUAAUCAGGUAUCAUAGGAAAAGAACUCACAAUAUAGAGGACAUGUUCUGUGCUGUUCAUGAAACUCUGCAAAUAAUAUAAUGGCAUGGAUAGUAGGAGGUUUUGCUUCAUCCCUAAAUCAGAAAUGAAUGCCAGUUUUGCAACUGGGCACAAACCCUCACCCCUACUCUGUUUCCUUUUCUUUCCCAUCCCCCCUUCCCAAAGAUCAGACUACUGUUAAGUUUUCACCACACAAUUGCAUUUUACAAAGACGGGAGGCAAACGGAGUGAUUUGCAUCAAUGGAAUUGCACUGACAGUGUUUCUUAUAGGAUUACUAAAGUUUUUUAAUAUAAAAUAAAGAUUUUUUAAAAAAUCAUGAGUUGAUAUUAGGUACUAGGACAUUAGUUCAGAUGAUUUCAUUUUUAUUUCUACAGUGUUAAAAGUGCACUUAUAUGCUGGUUUAUUUACGUCUUGGGAAAAAGAGACUGCAAAUUGAAGGGAAGAUUAUGUUACUUUUUCUUUUUUUAAAAAAAAGGUUAAGGCAGAUUUUAAGACUUAUAAAUGUUUAAGAAAUUAUAAACAAGGUUAGACCCUUUGAAAAAAGUUUAGAAGAUAUUCUUAAAGUAAAUUUUUAUAGUGUUAAUUUUGUAAUAUUUAUGUUUUACUAUAUUACAGAGCUAACUGACCAGAAUAGUUUCAGAAACAAUAUGAAACUUAGGAAAGUUUAAGCAAUGUUUAUAUUUUUAAAAUGUUCUUUGAAUUAUGUUUUUAUUGUACAUUUCUUCAGACUGAAAAGUAUGUACAUAUCUUUGUUAUUUUUGCACAAUUUUUGUCUUGUUCGGUUUUAGAAGUCUGUUUUUUUAUAAUUUAUUUUGAGUUGUAAAACUUCCAGGAGUAAAAACAAAACAAAACAAAAAAAAUCUCGGCAACAAAAUAACCCUCUGAUUUAUAAACUCUUACAUUCAAAGAGGGAAAACAAAGGUUGAGAGAUUAAGUGGCUGCUUCUGAGAAAUAAUGUCUCGACAGGGACUAGAAAAGCAAUUCAAUAAUAGGUUUAAAUAUUUUAGCUCUCUACAUCUUGAAUUGCAAUCUGGAAUAAAGAGGCUCCCCACCGAAUGCUGCUGACUUGGUAAAAGACUGACCCUGACCAAGGUGAGGACAUUUCCGGAAAACUGAGCAAAAAGGGAAAACCCACGGUAUUUCUUCCUUCACAAUCAACCGCAGGUUUACUUUAUAAUGUAUUUAAAACUCAGCUUGAAAAAUGCAAAUAAAAGGUUUUCUUUGGGUUUGUU